AUGAAUAUAGCAGAAAAACCCAAAGCUUUCUUUAUUUGUAAAUUUUUAUUUUUUUAUUAUAUUUUUAAAAGGCCUUCUUUCCCAUUUGAUCCAUUAAAGUGUAAAAUAAAUAAUAAAAAAAUUCCAUAUGUUUGUAUUAUUCAAAUAUUAGGCUUAAGUUAUUACGGACAAAGUGUGUGCUUAUAUAUACAUGAUUUUUUCCCCUUUUUUUAUAUUUUAAUACCACCAGAAGAAAAGAGAAAUGAAAGAUUGGAAAUAGAACUAUGUGAAUUUUUAGAAGAAGAACAUAGCAAAUUAAAAAAGGAUAAAACAAAUAAUGUAUGCAUAUAUAAUAUCGAAAGAGUAAAAAAAAAAUGUAUUUAUGGUUAUAAUGAAGAAUCAGAAGAAUUUUUAAAAAUUUAUUUUUUAAAUCCAAAUAGAGUUAAUUAUUUUGCUAGAUUACUAAAAAAAAAAUUAUUUAAAAAUAGAGUAUGGGACUUAUAUGAAGUUCAUAUAAAUUACAUGCUACAUUUUUUAUGUAUGAAAAACAUAUAUGGAUGCUCAGAAAUAUAUGUUGAUAAAAAUAUUUGUUUUAGAAAAGAAUUUUUCAAUGAAAUAAAUUUUCAAUGUUCUAUGAAGGAAGAUAAAUGGAAUAUAAAAAAAAAGUAUAACAUUGAAAAUAUCAAAAGUAACAAAUAUUUAGACAUAAAUGCUCCUACUCUCUUCACUAACAAAACAACAAAUGUUAAUUUUUCUCAUUUAAAAAGAGAAACAUCAUAUGAUAUUGAAUGUGAUAUAAAGCAUCAACAUAUUUUGAAUAACAUAAUUUAUUCAUAUGAAUUUCAAAAAAAUAAAAUAAAAUGGAAAAAAGAAUUGUGUUUUAAUUUACCUAUUAAUCACUUAGAUUCUUUUUCAAAAUUGUGGAUUAAGGAAAAAAAUAGAUGUAAAAAUUUGGAUUUUAAUAUAAAAAAAGAAAUUUUUUAUUUUGAAAAUAAUGAAGAUGAAUUAAACUAUAAUUCUUUCGAUAUACUGACUGAUAGAACUAAAAAAUUGUUCGACAUUUUUUUAAAAUUUAUGAGUAAAAGAGGAAUAGAAGAAGGAGUUAAAGAAAAAGAAGAAAUGGCUGGAGAAAAAGGGGAAACGAAUAAAACGAUAAAAGGGGUUAGAGAAAAAAGAGAAGUAUCUAUAGAAAAAGAAGAAAGAAACAAGGAAAUAGAAGAAAAGAAAGAGAAGCAAGAUAUUUCUUAUCCUGCAUUAACAGAGAAAAAUUCGAUUUUUAAUAAUAGUAGCAUUUUAUGUGAUAAUAUUAUAAAUACCAAUCAAAUUAUGAAUUCAGAUAAUAAUUUAAAUUAUAUAAUAAAUAAUAAUAUUAUAAGAAACAACAAAUUAAAUAGCAAUAACUCAAAUUCAAAAAAUACUGAAAAUUCGGACUCAUUCAAUGAACUUAAAAAAUUAUUUACUAAUUCAGUUAAUUUCUCGGAAUCUUAUAUAGAAAAAAACGACAAAAAAAUUUUCGACAGGACAAAAGGUAUUCUUACUCCUAGUAUUGGUAAGAAGGAUGAAAAACUAGAAGAAAAUAUUUUAAUUAAUCAUAAUGAGAAAAAUAAUAACUUCAUAACUGAAAAUAAGAAAAAAUUAUAUUUAAAUAAUAACAACCAUAAAAUGAAUUUAAAAACCAAUUUAUCACACUCUUACUUACUUAAUGAAAAACAAAAGGAAACUUUUUUAGAAAACAAUAAUAAAAGAAAAUGUAUAGCAUCUUUGAAGAUUAAUAAUGUAAGAAAAGAAGUUAUUAGAUAUGUUUAUAAAAAAAAAGCACCAAAAAUAAAAAGAUGUUAUGCCAUUUAUGAUGAUUUAACAAUAAAAAAUAAAUGUACUAAUGGUGAAAAUGAGUGCUGUAAAAAUGUUGUUUUUAAAAAUAAGUUGAAAUUAAUAAAUAACAGUAAAAAUAUAUCUAAUAGCAAAAAAAAAAAGAUAAAUAUAAAGUAUGGAAGCUUAUUUUUCCUUGAAAUUUUAACUGAAAUAAAAAAUGAAAGUUGCUAUUCAUCCAAUUACAAUGAUGAUGAAAUAAAGGCUGUUUUUUAUUUAAUAAGAGAUGAAAGAUUGAUGAAUUAUUAUGAAGAUUAUAAUAAUUGCAUAGGUAUUAUAGCUACUAAGCCAUUUCCUGAUAUCCUAAAUUCUUUUAAAGAAAAUGAAAAAAAAAAAGAAAAAAAAUUAGGAUUGUGUUCAAAUAUGAAUUAUAAUAAAGGUGUUUAUAUUUGUAGUGAGAAAUUUACAGAGAACCAAGAAAAAGAAAACAUAGUAAAUAUGAUAAAAAAGGAAUCAUCAUCGGAUAACGAAAAAAAUAAUGAUUUCUUAAAUGAUAAUCAAAUUUUUUAUAAUUUUUAUAUUGAUUAUGAUAAUAUUAGUAUUUGUGUAGUUGAAAAUGAAAUAGAACUUAUAAAAAAAUUAAUUGAUAAAAUUAAUUUUUAUUCUCCGUUAAGCAUAAUUUCUUAUGAAAAUGAUAAAUAUAAUGUUAAUUAUAUUAAUCAGAGAUGCCUAGCUUUGAAAAUAGGAAAUUUUUAUAAACAAAUUAGUAAGUUAAAUGAUCAAAUAAAUUUUAAUGACUUAAAUAACAUAUAUAAUAAAAACAUAAAAGGUAAGGUAAUUGAGAGUUUGUAUAAAUUAUCCAAUAUUUCUAAUAAUUCUUUUGAAAAUUUAUGUAAGCAUUAUUUAAAGGUAAAUUUGCCCAGUAUCAACAAAUACACUUUAUAUUAUUGGUAUAGCUUUUGUAAAAAACAACAAAAUGAUAAUUUAAUGAUCCCAAAUAAUAAAUUAACAAAUGAUACUAAUAACCAAUAUGCAUAUUUUCCAUAUAGAUAUAUAACUGUAAAGUAUUAUUUAAUGAGAAUAUAUUUUUUACUAUUAAUAUAUGACAAAAUAGAGUUUUUAAAAAAAAAAAUGAAUUUUUGUAAAUAUAUUCAUGUAGAUUUUUUAUCCUUAAUUAAUAGGGGAUCUCAAUAUAUUAUAGAAUCAUUUAUUCUUAAAAUGUGUUUGAAAUAUGAUUAUCUUUUAUAUUCUCCUUCUAAUAAAGAAAUAUUUAAUCAGAGGCCAAUUUUGCAUACACCUUUAGUACUACAGCCGAAAAGCUCGAUUAAUUUUUUUCCAUUAUUAGUUUUUGAUUUUCAUUCAUUAUAUUCAUCCAUUUUGAUUGCUUUUAAUAUUUGUUUUUCUACAUGUAUAGGAACAUUAACUUUAAAAAAAAAUAAUAAUGAAACAAAUCAAGAUGAAGUAAUUUUGAAAAAUAUUCUAAAGGAAACAUUUUCAACUAAUAAAGGCAGUAACUUCGAACAAUCAAAAGAAGAUUCUAAUGAUUUUGAAAACCAUACAUUUAUUAAAAUUAAAUAUCAAAAUAUUGAAAAUGUAUCAUGUAAUAAUGUAAAGGAGAAAAUUACUUCCAACAAUAUAUUAGAACAAGUUAACUGUGAUAACAAAUAUACAGAAGAUUAUUUUAAUUAUAAUUAUAAAGAAGAUUUUAGGGAUAAAAAAAAUUUUAUUGUUGAUAAAGAGGAAGAAGAAAUACCCUUUGAAUUUAUAAAAUUAGGUGUAAAAAAAAAAGAUAAAAAUAUUCUGAAUAAAAUUAAAAAUUUAAAGAGCAGUGAUAUUAUUUUAACAAGUAAUAAUACAUUGUAUGUUAAAAAGCAUAAAAGAAAAGGCAUAUGUUCUCUUUUUCUUGAAGAUAUUUUAAAAACUAGGAUAAUGUUAAAAAGAUGUAUUGAAAAAUACGAUAAUAAGGUUACAGAAAGAUUAAAAGAAAAGAUAGCUAAUCUAAAAUUAAUAUUAAAUGUUGCUGUUGGUUAUAUAGGAGCAAAUUUUUCAGGAAGAAUGCCGUGUGUUGAUAUAUCUGAAAGUGUGGUUACUAUAGGUAGGAACUUUCUAUUUUUCAUAAUUGAGUAUAUAAAAAAAAAUUAUAACUACGUACAAGUAUUAUAUGGGGAUACGGAUUCUUUAUUUUUAUUAAAUGAAUCAGAUGAUUUAUCAUAUUCUUUUAAACUCGCUUAUGAUAUUGUAAAAAAUAUAAAUAAUAUUUUGCCAGAACCAAUGUAUUUAAAUUUUGAAAAAAUAUAUUUACCUUCUGUACUUUUAACAAAAAAAAGAUACUUUGGUUUUCUAUAUAAGAAUGAAAAGGAAGAAAAACCAAUUCUAGAAUUAAAGGGAUUAGAGAGUAUAAGAUCAGAUCAGUGCAAUUUAGUAAAGAAUAUACUGAUACAAAAUUAUUUUAUUUUUUAUUAUUUUAGAAAUAAUUCUUAUUUAUCCUAUUGUUGUUGUUGUUGUUAUCUAUGCAGGAAUUUUUUUUAUAAUUUUAUUUGUACAUGUAAAGAAUCGAAUAUUCACAAAACAUAUCCAUGCUUUUUAUCUAAAGUACUACAAAUAAUUUUGCAUUUGUGUAAUAGUAACACAUAUAAUAAGUUAGAAAUAUCAGAAGAAUCAAAUUUUAAUGAAAAUGAUAAGAUAAAAUUUUAUAAUCAAUUAUUGAGAUUACUAAAUUUUGAUGAAAACAAUAUUUUGUUGAAAAUUUUGAACUUUUUAUAUAAAGAAAAGUAUUCCUUUUUACUUUACAUAUUUACGAACUUUAAUGAUAAGGCUUUAAAAGAAGAGAUUGAAAAAAUAAUAGCAAAAAACUAUACAAAAAUAAAUAAUAAAAAAAGUGAUUGCUGCUUAACUAAUCCUUAUAAUAUUUUUAAAUUUUGUUUAUGUGUAAAAGAAAUUGAUCAAAAUAGUAAAUGCUGCAAAAAUAAAUGCUUCUGUAAUAUAAAACAAGGGAUAUUUUUUUUUAAUGAAAAAAAUGAUAAAAUGAAUUAUGUUUUUAAUACAAAAAUUUUUUACUCUCAUUUGUCAUUACAAUUAAAAAAUAUUAUAAGAGAAUUGUUUAAUCAAAUUUACGAUAAUAAAAUUUCUUAUGACAAUUUUAUAAUAUAUAAAAAAGUAAAAUUAGGUUUAUAUAAAGAGCAGCAAGGAAAUCAAAGAAAAGCAUCCUUGCCACCACAAGCAGUAGUUGCUAAAAAAAUUUUAAAAAAAUUUCCUUACUUUAUUAUUUUAUAUAAAGACAAAAUUCCCUAUAUUAUUACUAAAAAAUUAAAAGAAGAUAAAAUUUAUAAUUCAGUAUCUCAUCCAUUUUUUAUUAAAGGAAUACACAAAUCUUGUAUUUAUCUUGAACAUUUUGAUUAUAAGUCUAGUUCUAAAGAAAAUAAAAAAGAAGAAGCAUCAUCAGAUAAAAUUUGUGAAAAUAAUAAAAUUUCCUCUAAGGAAAAUUUAAAAAAAAAAAAAUUAAAAGAAAUAAAUUUUGAGUAUUAUAUACAAAACUUAAUAUUACCACCACUUGAAAGAAUGCUAAACUUAUUACCUUUUCAUUCUAUAAACAUAAAGGAAAUCUUUUAUAAAACAAAAAGACAAUACAACUAUAAUAAUGAAAGACUAGAAUUUUCUUCAGGAAAUUCUCAUAAUACAAAAAAUAUUUUAAAAAAUAACAAAAAAGUAAAAAGUAAAAUAAAAAUAAAAAUAAAUGAAGAUGAAGACAAAAAAAUACAAAAAAAAAUAAUUAAAAGUUAUGUAGAAAUAAGUAAGUCUCAAAAUAUAAUAAAAAAUUUAAAUAAGAUUUGCUUAAUGUGCUCUAAUUCAGAAAUGGGAGCUUUAGCUUGCCAAUAUUCAGUACACUGUAAAAUAUUUUUUAAAAAAGUAAUAUUACAAGAAAAUAUUUCAAAGAAUCAAGAGAUUAUAAAACGGUUUAUGUGA